AUGCCCCAUUUCACCCUUGACGACGCGGCAACCCAAUCUCCCUCCGGCCUAACCCGACAUCUCAACACCACCGUCGAAGAAUAUGUCUUCCCUAUCCUCAUCGCCCUCUCAUGGUGCAAUGCCAUCGAGCUGGUCAUCCUCUGUCUCAACACCUUCAAACGCUACACCGGCACCUACUUCUGGUCCCUCCUGAUCGCCUCCCUCUCCAUCAUCCCCUUCAGCCUCGGCUACCUGCUCAAAAUGUUCGGUCUGACUUUCACCAACUACUUCCUCGAGAUCUCCAUAGUCGGCGUCGGCUGGGCCGGCAUGGUCACCGGACAAUCGCUCGUUCUCUGGUCCCGGCUACACCUCGUGCUACAUCAGAAGAAACUCCUGCGCGGCCUCCUCUACCUGAUUAUCUUCGACGGAGUGCUACUACAUUGCUCGAGCGAGGGGCUGGAACUGGCGGUUAAUGCGAUGCCGGAUUCCGAGCCUGUGAAUGUGGCAUUUGGGAUCAUGGAGCGCAUACAGUUGGUAUGGUUCUGUGCGCAGGAGUUGUUGCUCUCGGGGCUGUAUAUACGGGAGACGGCGAGGAUGUUGCGCAUGGAUAGUGGGGAGUUGUCGAGGAGUGUGUUGGUGCAGUUGUUGCUGGUGAAUGUGGUAAUUAUUGUCUUGGAUUUGUCGGUCGUGGGGAUUCAGUAUGCCGGGUUUUUUACGUUCCAGGUGACGUUUAAGGCUUUGGUUUAUAGUAUAAAGUUGAAGUUGGAGUAUGUGAUUUUGGGCAGGUUGGUGGAUGUCGCGUAUGUGAGGUCGCAGACCGAUACGCCGAGGUUUAGGUUUUGA